UGAAUUCCAUGAUUUUCCAAAUGUCAUUUACAAACACAAUAUACAUGUUGUAAUUUUCGAAGUGAAUUAUUCUAGUUCCUACAAAUUCCAUUGAGAUUUUCAAAAGCAUUGAAUAGUAACUAUUGUUCUUAUGUUCCCAAAGUUACAGGGUAUGAGUUGUCCCCAUCAGCCUGAUUUCCCUUACAUCUGCUCUCCCCUGUGUUUAUUUGCUCUCGUUGGUUCCAAUUCUGAUUGUUAUCCGCCCCCAAAUAGAAGGCAACAUCAUCGAGUGGAAUUCUCCGAACGUUUCAGAUUUAGUUUAGAGUUCACUGAGUUCCCACGAUGUGUUUGCAUUGGCGUUGGCUGAUCUGGGCAUUGGUCUGGCUCCAAGUGGCACUGGCCACCAAGUGGUAUGGCGGUGGAAUGGACUUCAAUGAUCCUUCCGCCUGGCUAGAUGACCACUUGCCAUGUGCACAGGAUUUGGUCGUUUUUCCGGAGUACUACCCAGCCCUGUUGCCCUUGCCCGAGGACAUAUCCAUUGAUGGCUUGGUUUUCCCCAGAGAAGGGGCGAUCCUCUUGGCAGAGGAAUCCACCAUUACCUUUGGAUCUGAUAAGCAGCCCUCCUGUGAGAGCGAGGAGAAGAGGGCCUAUUUGAAGCCACCGAAGUCUAGUAAAUGGUUCGACCCUGGCACCUGGACGGACAAAUCUAAGGAAUUUUCCACAUUCACACCAGAGCUGGAGAGGAUUCCCUGUGAUGACGAGCAGGUCAUAAUCAAGGGGCACGGACCUUUGUCCUUUGACCUAGAAAACGUGCAGUAUCUGAGGCUGGGACAACUUAUUCUGGCUGGCUCGUCCAUUUCCAAAACGUACUUGGAGCAACUUAUCAGCAGAGAUCUGGGCCAAUUUCUCUUUUACAAUGCCGAGUACGUCCAGGUGGAGUACUACAGAGGAGAGCUGUGUGGCUGCCACAAGGACUUCGAGCGACUGCUGGAACCCGUUUGCCACAAUGUCCAGGAGCAGUGCGAGACGCCCCACUGCUUGUCUCCAGUUCGACCCUUGGGAUCGUGUUGCCUAAUCUGCGGGGCCAUUCUGUCCACGCCCACGACCCACUGCACCGAGGGCAGUAGAAAGGAGUUUGUGGCCCAGAUAAAUAACCUUAUCAGCCAGGAGAGCCUGAAGGAUCAGAUCGGCCUGCACGUGGAUUUUGUGGGCUCCCAGCAGUUUGGAAACUGCCUGCAGGCGGUAGUAACUGAUCGCCAUAAAUAUAGUGAACGGAGCUUGGAGUUUCUACAGCAGAACGAACACAAAUGGAACAAGACAGGAACAACGUUAAAAGUUUCUGGUCGACCCUAUAAUCCGAAUGUUAGCUUCUCCUCGAUUGUUCUUAUCCUUUUUUGCAUGGCACUGGUGGGUCUGGUUUCCGUGGUCAUUUUGGCGCACUUUAUGCCUGAGAACCCCUACCUGAACCGCAUACCACAGUGGAUCCACGACCCCCGUCGAUGGAGGUGGCGUCACUUGGGACUAAGACUACGCCGGAAUCUGCUGUUUAACCGCUUCGACAAUGGUGGUGCAGGGGGUGGCUCCAGUGAAGGAGGAGCUUCUGGUGUGGAUCGUCUGGGAAUUAUGGCUUACGACCCGGAAAGUGGCGAGGUGAGAGAGCGAGCCUUUGACAAUCCCAUGUUCGAGCAGAGAGGAGCUUUGGAGGAGGCUGCCAAGGAGUCGCAGGACCAGGAAGAAAUCCCCAAAAUGGAGACUGGUGAUCUGGACGCCACUAGUGUGGUGGAUGAACAGGAGCUUACGGAAAUCAAUUUGGAAGCCAUCGGGGCGGACACUGACGAGGAGACCAUCUAAUUAAGGUUCUCAAAAAUAAGACAUAGAAACUUGAUUCGAAAGCACCAAUGGAUCAUCACGUAUAAUCUGAUUUACAUUUUAAAGAUUGUGUGUUCUAUACAGAUCAAUAGAUUCGUUAUGAUAACAUUAUAAAUGUUCCUUAGGGCAGAUGGCCCUGUGGCCGCGUGUAGCGGCGAAGGUACAAAGAACCAAGAGAGCACCUGAUAAUUUUACCAGGUAAUUCAGUUAGCGGUGCCUUUUGUCGCGAUGGCCUUGUUCCUUGACCUUCACAGGGGGUGGAUUGGUGGGGCUGGGUGAUGGGACCGGGAAUCGAUAGUUGCCAUUAGCUGCGAAGAUAUUUCCAGAAGCCUUUGUCCCCCGGCUCAUAAAUGUGGCUCAUGUGUAUCCACAUCUAUUCAUAGACACGCUUGGAAAGGCGCGUGCCUCCCCCCGUUGCCAUAGGACAUGAAUCCGUAGAUAUGCACGGAUCUAGGGACGUGGGACGGAGGCGUUUCGAUGCGGAUUAGGCGACCGCUUUCGGAUUUCAUUUUAGCUUCUGCCAAUUCAUUCUGAAGUGGAAAUACUUUGUACUACGGCGAUUGAGAGUGCGGCUGAUAAGCGCACCUUAUCAGUUUCAAAGCGAAAGCGAA